AUAUGAGAAGUAAGAGGACAUUUUUACAACAAGUUGGGUAGUCAGGGAAGAAUGGUAGUUUGUUGUGGUGAGUGUUGGGGGCGGCGGCGACCAUGCUGGCUCCUCUCUCCAGCCCUACUGCCUGCUGCUCUCCCACGCCCUCCCUAGUGCCACAUUGACAAUCUACUGCCACACUCACGAUUCUUAUAGCCUGACAGUGGACGUGUGAGGCGGGGCGAUGCCUGUGGUGUUGGACCGCUUGCCCCUACCCAACCUGACCUGGUACUCUGGGCUCAGUGUUCUUCUCCUCUCCUGUUCCAUAUACUAUGCCGGCGUACAAGUCGCCCUCAACCCUAACUGGAAGGAGAAGCUCUUGGAGAAGAGCAAUGCUUCACAAGCAGAAGACGAGGUGUCGCUUUACCACGUCAGCGAUCAUGAUGGGACCUCACAGGAGCGCCAGAUGACCCCUUACCUCAUCCCCGAAGUCAUCAGUUUCAUGUUCCAUGAACCUCUCUGUAUAUGGACUCUCAUCAACAUGGCAUAUUGUGUUCUGAUUCUUUUGGGCACCCUAAUUCAGCGCCUCGUGUUUGGAGAGCUGCGGGUGUCAGAACAGCAACACAUAAAAGACAAGUUUUGGAAUUUUGUCUUUUAUAAAUUCAUCUUCGUUUUUGGUGUGAUGAACGUCCAAGCAAUGGAUGAGGUUGUGCUCUGGUGUUCUUGGUUCAGUGUCUUGGGAUUUCUACACCUUCUGGCUCAACUUUGCAAAGAUCGCUUUGAAUAUUUAUCAUUCUCUGCAACAACGCCACGCAGAACGCACGUGAGGCUGCUCGGGCUACUGGGCAUUAUCCUCACCAUAGCUACCUUCUGUCUUCUCAUAUGUGUUGUUGUUGGCUGUCACUCGGGCAUUAAUACUUUUGCAUUUAUGGUUGCUGAGUGCAUACUUUUGGUAGUACGAACACUGCAUGUGAUCACCCGCUACAGUAUCUACCUCUGGGAUAUCACGCAUGAAGGCUUGUGGGAAAGACGAGGUCGUUAUGUGUACAUGACUGAGCUGGUAUUUGAGCUGAGUGAGCUGAUAAUCGACAUGGUUCAUCACAUUCACAUGCUGGUAUGGGGUAAUAUGUUCCUGACUAUGGCAUCACUUGUCAUAUGUAUGCAGCUGAGACUUCUCUUCUAUCAACUUCAGCACAAGGUCAAGUCUCACCGUAACUACCUUAGGGUCCUUCAACUGGUGAAUAUGUACCCAGAAAUAAGUGGUGCUGACAUCCUGGUGGAGGAGAGCACAUGUGCCAUUUGCUGGGAACACUUGGAGAGUGGUCGCUGCCUCCCGUGUUUACAUGUCUUUCAUGCGUCAUGUUUGCUGGCCUGGCUACACCAAGAUUUAUCUUGCCCAACAUGUAGACAUAAGCUACAUAAGCCUGAACAGAAUGAUUCAAGGUCACUAUCUGGUUCACUGUUGGAUGGUCUUCUUCCUACAAGUGAAGAAAGUGGCAUUGGACAGGAAAAUGGAGUAAGAGGUGGCAGAGGAGGUGCAGGUGCUUUCCCAUCCCCAGCUGCUCCAGAAGGAUCUCCUGGGAUAGCAGGAUGGCGGUAUGUGUCAUGGCUGCCAAGUUUUAGUGUUGAACAGAGCCACACCCAGCUGCCUCGUCACCAUCAGGCCAAUUCACAACCAGCCUCAACUUCUCAGUUGGAUAGCCUUGCUAGACAGGUACAACAAAUGUUUCCUGAUGUAUCAUAUUCACGUGUUUUGGAGGAUCUUCGACACACUCAUUCUUUAGAAAUAACAAUUGAUAAUAUUUUGGAGCAACGCUUAAUCUGUCCACCACCAAUGUUCACUUCUGAUGAUAGUCCAAGCCUGUUAAGAGAAAACAAUCACAAAAGAAUAAAGGAAGAGGAAGGUGUAAGGGAAGAGGAAGAAUAUUUUCAAGAUGCUGAACCGCUACCUUACACCAGGCAGAACAUGCCGUUAGCACUGGACUUCUUGUCUACCACAAACACUUGCACUUCUGAAGAUUCUAGUGACACAGAAUCAGAAGGGAGUGGUUAUGGACUUGGAUCAUGUGAUGGUGGCAGUCGUUUUAGCAAGUGCCCACAAGAGAGAGAGCAAAUGUUGGCCCAGCGCAAGACUGCUUUGCUCAACCAGGCCCGCCACCGCUUUGCUACUAGACCAAGAGUCGCCACUUGUAAGGAUGAGGAGGAGUUGGUGGAGGAUGUUAAGUGUUUGAAUAACUCCUGAAGUGAUCAGUUGGUGCAAAAUUGGCCAUAAACUAUAUUGUGAGUUAAAAGGAUAUGGUCACUGUUGGAGUAAACUUGUCCUUUCAUACCACACCUUUAUCUCUGGUGGUAUUGGUUUUCUUUGCUAAGUUCAUUUCCGUAAUAAACCUUUAUGAAAUUGGAAUUUAGUGAAAUUGAUGUUAAAUAAUUAUAAAUUUUUGUUUGAUUGUCCCAUGAAAGUUUAAUAACACCAGGGUGGAUUACAGAAAAAAGUAUAUAAUGCAAAUCUAUUGUGUGACUGAUGUGAUUUGAUUUCUCUGGAGUGCAGUAUAUAUACAUAAAAGUUCAGUCUUUAUAGAAAUAUUAAUGCCAAGUAGAUGAUGUGUGAUAGGAGAAGCAAGGGAAAGAGAAAUUAAUAGUAGCAUUCAUUAUUUAUUUAUAUAAAUAUAUAUAUA